GAAGGAAGGAAGGAAAGAAGGAAAGAAGGGAUGAAGGUGAGACUAACUGGAGGGUGAAAGAAAUGUGGGUAGCUUGACGGAGGGAUGAAAUGUAAGGAUGCAUGGAAGAACGGUAGGAAGGAGGGCGCAAGAAUGAGGGAAGGAAGUGAGCAAUGAUAGGAGCAAUAAAAGAAGGGGAGGAAAGAAAAGAAAUGGGAAAGAAGGAAACUUGGUUAUGAGUGUUAUGACUACUAGUGGCCACUGGGGGUCGCUGUUGCUCGUGUAACAUGCGACAAGUACGUCCGGCAGCAAACUACAGAAGAAGAACGAGCGCUCGGAUGGCAACAAUCGAAGAAAACGGACCGUCUUGUCGUGAAGCACGUGACAUGUCCUCGGCAUCCCAGGCGAGGCAGAAACUCCAGGGCCUUUUGAACAAGAACAUGAGGAUCCGCAUGACCGACGGCCGGACCUUGGUUGGCCUUUUCCUUUGCACAGACCGGGACUGUAACAUAAUCCUCGGCUCGGCCCAGGAGUUCCUCAAAUCCAAAGAUACUUUUUCCCGGGGGGAACCCCGAGUUCUUGGCCUGGCCAUGAUACCCGGUCACCAUGUGGUGUCCAUCGAGGCCGAAGCGGACAUUCUGGACGACACGCAAGGCUUCGGAGUGAACCACUAGGGAAUGGACUAUGAAGAAUGGACUUUUGUUUUGAAAUGAAAUGAUUCGCAUUCUACAAGACUCGGAGGAAGAAUUGUCAGGCAGUACAUCUUUUACUGCAAUUGGGUGGCAACCAGUCCAGGGUGUCCCCCACCACCAUCACCAAGCCAUCUGGGAUUGGCUUCAACUCGCUCUUUAUAUACGACACAUCAGUAAACCAUUUUUUUUCUUUUAAUGUUGUUGAGCUCUGCAUCAGAUUGACAAUGCAAGGACACAAACAAAACAAAACAAACUCAAUAAAUAAUAAGCUCUCUUCCUUAAA